AAAAUCGAAAAUCCAAACAGUGCUGAAUGUGAGGCCAACCGAUUCACAUCGACAGCUAUGAUUUGCCUUCUGUGGCUUUCCGUCGCCAUAAGUGUGCUCGUCCACUGGCUCUAUAAGGUAAACAAAGACUACAGCGUUCUCGGCUGUUUCGCCCGGAGGGUUCGAACCAAGGAUGGGAAACCCCCGGAGAGCAUAGUUCCCAUUGCCAAGGGCCGUACCUUCUGUGCCAACUGCUUCGAUAUAUUCGGAAAAGACGCCGUCGAGGUUUUCAGCCACUUGCGCAAGUUGGCGAAGACUUACGACAACAGCUAUCUUCAAUAUGGCAUGGGCUUUUCUAUUUACAACGUAACUGAUGCUCACAAUGCUGGGAACAUUCUGAACCAUCCGAAUCUGAUAACAAAAAGCUAUAUAUACAAUUUCCUACAUCCAUUUCUAAGGACUGGUGUUCUGACAGCGACAGAAAAGAAAUGGCACACGCGACGGAGUAUGCUCGCUAGGACUUUUCAUUUGGACAUAUUAAACCAGUUUCAAGAGAUCUUUAUAGCAGAGAGCCUGAAGUUCGUUCACCAUUUCGAGGGCCAAAACGAGUGCGUUGUCACGCUAAGAGAUCGUAUAUCUAUUUUUACACUGAACAGCAUUUGUGAAACUGCCAUGGGCGUUAAGUUGGAUGAGAUGGCCGAGAAAGGGGAUCGCUACCGAGAGAACUUCAAUCGAAUCGACGAGGGCUUCACUAGGCGACUAAGCAAUCCCCUCUAUUGGGAUGAUUGCGUAUACAACCUGUUUGCAGCCCGAGAUUAUGCCUCAGCCCUAAAAGUAGUUCACGAGUUUUCCAGCGAGAUUAUCGCCAAACGUAGGGUUCUCUUGGAAGAAGAACUCAAGUAUAGACGCGCCACUCAAACGGCUGACGAUGAUAUAUGUGUUUCGAGGAAGAAACGUUUUGCCAUGCUGGACACCUUGAUUUGCGCUGAGAAAGAUGGCCUCAUCAACCAUAUUGGCAUUUGUGAGGAGGUGGACACUUUGAUGGCUGAAGGUUAUGAUACAACCUAUAUUGGGCUGGUGUUUGGCCUUAUGAAUAUGUCACUUUAUGCUGAACAUCAGGAACUUUGCUUCCAGGAGAUCCAGGAGCACAUUGAGGAUGACCUGAGCAACCUGAAUCUUGGCCAAUUGAACAAACUAACGCACCUCAACUAUUUUUUAAAAGAAACCAUGCGUCUUUAUCCCUCAAUUCCCAUUAUGGGUCGUCAAACAAUCCAGGAAACCGAGCUUGAGAAUGGCUUAAUUCUGCCAAAGGGUUCUCAGAUCAAUUUGCAUGUCUUCGACAUCCAUCGCAACCCCAAGUACUGGGAUUCCCCUGAUGAAUUCCGCCCGGAAAGAUUCCUGCCCGAGAAUUGCCAGAAGAGGCAUACUUACGCCUACAUUCCAUUCAGUGCUGGACAAAGAAACUGCAUUGGUCAGAAAUACGCCAUGCAGGAGAUGAAAACACUGAUUGUCGUCAUUCUCAAGCAGUUCAAGAUUCUGCCAGUUAUCGAUCCCAAGUCCAUUGUCUUUCAAACGGGUAUAACCCUGCGGUUUAAAAAUAAAAUAAAAGUCAAGCUUGUGAGGCGGAAAUGCGACUAGUGGAUAUCGAUUUUAGAGGCUUAGAUGAAUCAUCUCAAAGUUUAGUACUCAUCUAUUAUCAUUUAUUGACCCUGACUUUUCAAUGGCAUUUAUUAAUAUUAAGACUAAGCCAUACAAAUUUACAAGACUUUGUUAUCUUAAUGCUUAAAAUAAAUAGUUAUUCGUUUAUGCA